AUGAUGGCGAUCGCAGAUACCCAUCCUCCACCCGCUCCUCCUCACCAACUCCAGCACGCCCCGCCACAGCACGCGCCCCAGUUACACUCAGCACCGCAGCAACCGAUCGAAAGACCUAGGAAGACCCGAGCGUUUAGUUUUCGGUCGGACAAGUCUCACGGCUCUGGCAGCCACCACAAGGUCGACUUGCAUGAGACAUCUGCCGAAAAGGAAGCGAAGAGGCUGCACAGCAAAGCGGACCCGACGUUCGCCAUGCAGGAGGCGGAACCCUCCGCGGUUGCCGCAACCGUCGGGUCCUCUCUCGCCUCGCUGAGGGGGAUUCAGCACAAGGACGUUUUCGGGAACCCAAUUCCUGAACCCGACCGCUCAAACCCUACCCGCAGCCGGUGGGAACGCCCGCUCGAUACCAUUCGGAGUUUUGAGGCGGCGAUUGAUGGCGGGUACAACAACCGGAGGUCGAUGAUUCGCCCAGAUACAGAAGGAACAUGGGGACCUAGUCGACGGGCUAGUUAUUACGGUGGAAGUACGAAACCCCGCCAAUUCCGAAUGGUGGCGCAUUACUCACAAGUACGGGCAGAUGGAAACGCCGGCCGGUUCAACCGCGAUAGUUACUAUGGGAGUCGUCCACCUUCGAUGAUGUACGCCAACCGCGCGGACGGCAGUCUUCCAGAUCUAAGGUCGAGUGGCAUGGGGCAACGCGACAGCUAUUACGAACAGCAGCCCGGGUACGGCGGUUACGGGGGUCCGGCGCAGAACGGCCGACGGGGAUGGCCGAGGAUGGCAUCCGAACCGCAGUACGGCCCCGGCCACAGACAGCAACAUCAACAGCCGCAGCAGAUGGACUAUUCAAUUCCAAGCAACCACCGGUCAUACGAGACUGUGACGACUGCUGCCGGGAGCGGUUCUUCGGCGGAACCAGCGGGCUAUCAAACCGAUCCCACCAGCAGCGACAACAGCUCGGUAGAGCGCGGACAAUCCUCGGUGCCCAGGCGGCAGCCGGAACCCGUAAACGACUAUGGCAUCGGCUUCGGCCAAAGCCCAUCGUACCAGAGCCCCAGCCUGGCGUUAGGUGUGCAAAAUUCCGGCAUGGGCACGGGAGGCGGGGGUGGAGGCUACAUCAACAAUAACAACUACCAAAUGGGCGGCGCGCCCGCCCACGGCAACCCUGCACCGCCAGUUCCGCGGAAAGAUGUAGGCGGGGGAACGCUGAGGAAACCGGUUUCCAACAAUCCGGUUCAUCAGGCGCACCAGCCGCGGCCGGCACAGCCGGAGAAACGAAAGAGCUGGUUUGCACGACGGUUUAGCAAGCACGGGUAG